CCUAGGUAGCCCAAGGAUAUCACGUGGUUAGUUUAGUUAAUGAUGAAUAAGCCGCCCCCCGUCCGCCCAAAAAGGGAAAGCGCAGUUUCCUUUGCCCGCAUUCAUCAGUCGCAGGCAGCGACUAUAACUUGUCAUAUCACAAACAUUCAGAAAUACUUCAUUAUAGAUUGCGAUGUUAUAUAGUUUGAGCUCCCUGGAUAUUGUUCUGGUUAUUGUCCUGCUUCAUCCAUCAUUACCGGUCGAUAUCACAAUCUUGAUAGUUCUAGAUCUAUAAACGAACCCACCUUCCUGGAGAGGGCGUCAGCUGCGCUCUUUGGACCACGAGACAGCAUCCCUCAACGUCAGACAUGCGGCAAGUUUAAUUUCUCAGCGCGGCUCAUUUUAAAGUUAUGCCAUGAUAUAAAAGUCUUGCAUACAUUUUAAGUUCUGUUAAAAAACGUCAAUAGUCAUUACCAAUGUAUAAAGUGUGAUUGCGACUAGAUCAGUCAACAUGAGUGGGAUUCAGAGAUUUCUCUCUAAAAGAGAGAGGCGAAGCAAAUCGAGGAGUGCAUCACCAUCGAAAUGGCGAAGGAUGCUGGAUUCCGGUAAUGAUCCCGCCCCUAAAUCACCCUCCCUUACACAUUUAACUCUGUUCUCAUCGGAGAAAUCGAAACAUGACCAGGGUGUUAAAAUCGAGGAAGAAGACAACAAGAUCAAAGAGAUACAACGGAGACUGUCGAACCUAGGAGUUGCCACCCUUGGAGAACCGCAAAUACGAUAUGCGCUCCGGUCUAAAAUCGCUUGUGGUGAGGUGAACGAAGCAUACGACCUGCUCAUUCUUCUUGAUGAUUCACUCCAUGGCAUCCUAAGAUUUUAUAAUCCUUCUAUUAAGUUGCUAGGUGCGGAAAAUCGAAAUGGCGUCACUUGCUAUCUGGACGCCCUGCUCUUCGCGAUGUUUGCUCGCUUGGACUGUUUUGAGGCUAUCCUAUACAACUCGUUCGAUGAUGAACCUCGACGGAAUCUGUCCGUUCUUUUAAGGUUAUGGGUAAAUCUGUUAAGAUCUGGGAAACUGAUUACGACAGACUUCACGAAGCAAGUACAAGAUGCGCUAGCACAGUGUGGGUGGAACGCUGCUGCCCUUCCGCAGCAGCAAGAUGUGUCCGAGGCAUUCACAUUCAUCACUGAGAAGCUCAAUCUCCCCCUGCUCACUUUAAAAAUGGAUAUCUUUCAUACAGGGAAAGAAGAGGCAGGUGAUGACCACAAGUUUAUAAAUGAGCGGCUACUGGAGGUCGCAAUCCCUUCUGAAACAGUUGACGGCAAGCCCAUAACCUUAGAAGACUGCCUUGAAAUGUACUUCAACAACCGAAUUGACGUCAAGAGGUAUCUAGAACGUAGAGAUACAGGGAUGUCGGUAAACUCAAUAGAUUCUAUGGCGAAGGGAUCGUUUGUCCAUGUCGAAACAACUGACUUGGGCACAUCGUCUCAAACCGCAUCUCCUAUUUCAGUGUCGUCUUUCUUCUCAAAAUCCACGCAAGUAACCGAUUCCCCUUCUCCCCUACACGAAAACCCCCCUCCAACGCGCCCAAAUUGGCGCUUUCGCUCAACCAGCAUAAUCGAGGAACGAUUCAUUCCUGAGGAUAGUCUCAAGGAAAAUGAAGGCUCAAUUAAUCGAGUAACGCCGAAUAAAGCCCGGAAAGGGAGUAUUCGCAAAGAGGUCAUGAUGCCUGCUUGGCAGAUAUUCAGCCUGAUACCUUGGUACACCGAUAGCACACUAAGCGACGCACAAUCUGCAAUUCAUUUCUCCUCCCGAAGGCCUAUUCUCGGAAUAUGCUUAAAGCGUUACUCUGUCCUUCCCAAUGGAAAUGCGGUGCGUCGAGAUACAUUCGUUGAUAUCCCGAUCGAAAUUGGACUUCCACAUUUCAUUCAGGAUGAUGAAAUGGGAAACGAAGGGCCAUUAUACGGGAAUUUCAAACUUUCGCUACAGGCUGUUAUUUGCCAUCGCGGGAACUCCGUUGAGUCUGGUCAUUAUAUAGCCCUAGUGAGAGGUACCCCGAUUAAUGACCCCUACAAGCCGUCGGAAUACUGUCGUCACUGGAUGCGUUUCGACGAUUUGGCCCAAGAAAGAAUCACCCUUGUCGAUAUAGAAAAGGCGUUGGUUGACGAGUCCCCUUAUCUUCUUUUCUUCCAAAUAUUGCCUAUCGACAGUGACUCUGAAGCAGCAUCGGGCAGGCGGCUAUCAUCUUCCAAAGGGGAGGAAAAGCUGUCUCGAAAACUAUUUUAUAAUACAAACCCCGACGUGACAAUCUCCGCACCACCUCCCGUGAAUGAUGCUUCUGAGAUGGAAUCACAUGGUGCCCUUGGGAAUUACAACCCCAAUCAUCAGUUUAAAUCCUUUGGCGUGCCAUCUAAAAACCCACAGGACCCUCUCCCUGCGAAAACAAAGCAUGAACCAAAUGUUGGUGACAUCGUCAAGUCGACUUCGACCUCCAGGCCUACAUCCGCAAAAGCCCAUCGUUUAAUUAGCCCGGGGAGGCCGUUAGAAGAAGGAGUCGAUGCGCACGUUAUUCAUGCAUCAACGGGAAAUGGUGCGGCAAUUACCGUUGAACCUCUCUCCGACGGAGAUUUCGAAGGGAGCAAUACCAGCGACUCCAGGGGUAGAAAAAGAGAAAAGGCUAAGCAUGCAAAGCUAUCCAAGGAAAAGAUGGAGAACACGGCGAAGCAGCGAGGCCAUCAUACUCUAAAGAAAGGCCAAAAUCCCGAACGAGAAUGUAUAAUUAUGUGAACGUAACUGUAGGCUGUUUGGAAUAUUUCUUUUGGUUGCAUGAUGAUAUUACCCCAAACUACCACUGGUUUGUAAUGACCCGUUAUGCCUGUUCCAUCGUCCAUGCUUGUUUUUAUUGUUACCAUUACUUGCAUAUGGCUUCCCUGUCUCUUUCAUAGAUGGUUAUUCCUUCUAGAAUUAUGCCCGGCAUAGGUAUUUAACUACAGCGGAAACACUACCCCUAUGAGGGUGUAAUUUUAUAUAUUAUUUAUUCAAUUCAGUGGCUGUCGACUUCUAAGUUCC